AUAGAAAGGACCAGUGUUAGCUACGUCGUGGGCAAAAAUUUCCACGGCGAUUUCUGAAGGCUGUAGACACCCACAUCAAUUCAUAGUACUUACAUUGUUGACAGAUUUAUACGACUCGGUUCAUGUCUCACUGUAUAGAAUAAACACAAACAUUACGUUAAUGCAGAGGAAGAUUUAAACUGUAAACGCAUCUAGUAAUUUAGCAAGUCACGCAACGCCAAACAAGAGCUAUCUGCCGCGACUAAAGCAAAGGACGUAACACAGGGAAUUAGCUAGCUACACUGUAAACUACCCAGCUAGCAAACAGAUCCUCAAAUAAUACAAGAGUUGCGAUGGACUUCCUCGCGGGAUGUAUAGGAGGUGCCGCUGGUGUCCUUGUAGGGCACCCCUUUGACACGGUCAAGGAUCCCCCUGUAUACAAGAUGCCCCAAUCAACUUACCGGUAAAAUUAAUAUGAUUUUUGGAUAACACAAUUUUUUUUAAUGUAUAUUUUUUUUCUUCUUUUGUUUUAUAAUUGACAUUGGCAAGUUAACAAGGGAAAUAACUGUGUGUGUAUUUUAAUAUCUGAUAUGAGUGUAACUUGCAGUCCCUGCUGUGCUGGAAUUUGUGUGGCUGCAAUUCUCUUAAGAUUGUUUCUGGCCUAGAGCCGGGUGCAGCAGGACAGUGCUGGUCAUGUGAAACCAAAGGCUAACCCAAUCUGUUGACUGCAUAUGCAUAUUCCUGUAGAAAUAAAGAAAAACGUGGCCCUUUGACCCUGCUUAUGGUUUUGGCAAACCUUGCUGUUAAAAGCAGAUUAAAGUCUCCCAGAUGGACGCAUCUGCCAAGGCACUUUCUGCACCCUAGAUCAAACAUAGGAGUUCCACAGGGUGACACAGAAUUUACCAGGCCAACCAAAGGGUUUCAUUUUUCGUCAUUACCCCUCACCUUAAUGGCAACUGGUGUGAAGACUGGGCAGAGUGCUAUGAUUCCAUAUCAAAGCCCAGCGAUCAAUUUUAUUGUGAGUGUAGCUGAUGCCCUCAUUCGGGGUCACUUGUAUAAUUAACAUUUUGCAUACACCAUUAACACAUCUGGAGCACUUCCUGAAAUUGGAGUACCUUGCUCAAGGGUAUCAUAAUAUUGUACCACUUGCGAUUUGAACCUGCAGCCAAGUUCGGCUCCUUUACCGUUGCACUCAGACUUGACCCAUGACUUCGCUAUAUUUCAAGUUCCUAUUUAAAUGCUGGCAUGAGCGAUUGCAAAAUUAUAGCUAAGGACAGCUACCGAAGGAGUUUUCUCACAGAACAGCUCUUUAAUUUCCGUUUUUUCCUCAUUUUAUUUUCCGUUCUACAACUGCUUUGCUGCCUUUAACUACCUUUAUUUCUGAGCCAGGGGCCGUAUGAUUUAACCUGCAAAAGUGUUACUUUGUUGUAGAUGAGGGAUUAACAUCAUCUGUACGGAAGUGUAACCUCGUAAGUACGGUCAUGGUGAAUCCUUCUGUUUCUCUCAGUCUGAGUCUUGAUUCUGUGACCCCCCCCAAAAAAGGAAAGACGCUCAGUAAACAGCGUAGUUGUAUUUUGACAGUCCGGUUAAGAUCAUCCCAGUUUGUACUUAUUUGUUUAAUAAAUUAAGCAACACGUGUUAGAGAUAAGAUUCCAUCUUCAUUCACUUCAUUGUAAGACACAACAUUUAGCAUUAUUGUCUUGUUUUUUUCCUUGCUCCUCUUUCCUGUUAUGCUGAUGGUGUGAUGUUUAGAGUAUGUCUGUGGUCUCUGUCGCUGAGAUGUGGAGGGUGUGUUCUCGCAGCCUCGCGGUUCAACUCUUUGAAGACCGGCGGUGUUUCUAUUGCAGGUACGGCUGCAGGUUCAGAGCGUGGAGAAGCCGCUGUACCGGGGGACCUUUCACUGCUUCCAGUCCAUCGUACGGCAAGAAUCGAUGCUUGGGCUGUACAAGGGCAUCGGAUCUCCCAUGAUGGGCCUCACCUUCAUCAACGCCAUCGUCUUUGGCGUCCAGGGCCACACUCUGCGCAGGCUGGGCCAGGACACGCCCGCCCACCAGUUCCUGGCGGGGGCGGCGGCCGGCGCCAUCCAGUGCGUCAUCUGCUGCCCCAUGGAGCUGGCCAAGACGCGCAUGCAGAUGCAGGGCACGGGCGAGAAGAAGUCCAAGCGCAAGCUCUACAAGAACUCCCUGGACUGCCUGCUGCGCAUCUACAACCGGGAGGGCAUGCGCGGCAUCAACCGCGGCAUGGUGACCACCUUCAUCCGCGAGACGCCCGGCUUCGGCGUCUACUUCCUGGCGUACGACGUGCUGACGCGCUCGCUGGGCUGCGAGCCGGACGACCCCUACCUGAUCCCCAAGCUGCUGUUCGCCGGGGGCAUGUCCGGCAUCGCCUCCUGGCUCUCCACCUACCCGGUGGACGUGAUCAAGUCCCGCCUGCAGGCCGACGGGGUGGGCGGAGUCAACCAGUACAGCGGCAUCGGGGACUGCGUGCGGCAGAGCAUGCAGAGGGAGGGCUGGCGGGUGUUCACGCGCGGCCUCACCUCCACGCUGCUGCGCGCCUUUCCCGUCAACGCCGCCACCUUCGCCACCGUGACUCUCUUCCUCCUGUACAUGCGGGAGGACGAGGCAGGCAAGGACUGUGAGCCUGCCCCCAGGAGCCUCCAGCAGCAGCCCCAGGCCUCCAGCCUGUGAGUCCGGUGCCCCCUGCUGGGGGAUAGUCCCCCCACAGCUGCUAUGGCCAGGUUACUCCGCUCCCCGUCUCUCUCCGUUGCCUGAUGGAAUAUAUUUUUAUAAUACAUACAAAUAUAUAUAUAUAUGUGCAGACAGAGUGAACCUCUACAUAAUUGUGUAUACAAUGUGUCCACAAUUUCUAUUCUGGUUUGUAUAAAACUAGUCUUAGUUGUUGUUUUAUUUGGUUUUAAGGAGCCUUAUGUGAAUAUGUCUGGUUUAUAGUAAUAUUUUGCAGGCCCACUGAUAUGUGAAGAUAAUGAAAAGCCCACUCCCCUGCUCCCCCUGCCCUACCUGCUACUCCUAAAAAGGUCCUCUAAAAAGUGAAAUCACUGGCCAUUAUAUUUCUGGGUUUUUUCUGUUAUCUUGAUUAUCUCCUAACUGAUGCAAAACUGCCAUCCACAGUGACCAAGUCACAUGUCUGAAUGCAAGUUGCUUGACGUACAGCAUAAGUUUAACUGGUGAGUGUAGAGCAUAAGUUUAAUUGGUGUGGAGGAGAGGAGUUUGUAGUUACCUUUCUGGGGGAAAAGUAGCCAUCUUAUUAUGGUGAGAAAAAGCUCUGAAAGUAACAACAUUACACUUUGGAAGCCACAGGGUUUGCAUAUUUGUAAAUGCAUGUUUGUCUAUGAAGUUAGGUGAUGAAAAUGAGAAACUGUCUUUUUUCUUUUAUGAAUUCUUGCUUUAUUGGCAAACUUUUGCAAAAGCAUUAGUCUCUGGGAGAUUGGCACUGAUAAAUAUGCGGUCUCACAAGCAACAAGCAACUUUACUUAACAGUGCUAUCCAAAACUAGAACUUUCUUUUCUGUACUUUAAAAAGUUAAAGCAUCACUUUGGUGAUGGGACAUUCUGUUACCUGAGAGAGAGGGUCUUGUGUUUCUGACAUAAGUAUGUCCUGCAGAACAUCGACUGAGGCGUCCUUUUCCUGUAAGGAAAAUACGACCCAUUCUUAACGAUGUUUGACCAGGUGGCAGCUGAAGACUGUUUUGUGCGAUUUUAAAGAUGCCUGCGGUUCGAUGGCAUCUGGAAUGUAAAAUCCCUUUGCAGCUUGAGUGCACAUGUGUAGGAGCAGGUUUUGUGUGCGGUUCUCCUGUGCAGCAGUGCGCUUGGAGGACACAAAUGUUACUUUUCAGUUGCAGUAGCAGGACUUGUUGACCAAGAGCACAUCCUUGCACAUUUGCAUAUUUAUUCCCAGAGGUAUGCCUGUACAGUAUGUAUAUAAUGUGUAUAUGUAUCAUUAUAGGGUAACGGGAGUAAAUGUUAUUUGUUUUCAAUUGGAAUACAAUGCACCCCCCCAUGUCUAGAGUUCACAAUGAACUGAAUGCACUUCAGUCAGUGUUUCUUUGAAUUAUGUAACCACAAUACAUAUUUUAGAAUCAUUUGGUGCAAAUUUAUUGCUACUUGUGUUCUGAGGGAGUUUGGUUAGGUGUAUGAUGUUUAAAAGAAACUCUAACAGGCAUCAUAGCUCAUCACUUCUGUCAUUUUUCAAAAGCUAAGAAGAAAAGCGGUUGAAGUUGUUGAAAUGAGAUGUAAUGGAAAGGUGCAAUAUGUAUGGUGUCAACGUGAGUCUUUUGUGCAUUUGGCAUGUAGUUUGUAUGGGCGUGAGGAGAGGGCAGUGUAAGAGGUGAAGGCUAUAUUCAUAAAACGGUAUGGUCACCUGGCUGCAGUAUCCCAUGUUAAGUAGAGCUGGACUUGUUACUGAAGGGCUGGGGAUGACAGGGAGGCAACUGUCCUCAAUCCUGGUGGGUUUUUUAUGCCUAAAAAUGGGAAGUGCUUCCUGGUCCCUGGUGAGGUCAUGGUUCAGUCUACAGCAAUGACUUGAGUAUUGAUGAACAGGGUAAUAUCGGCAUGUGUAAAAUGUGGGAAAGAAAUAAAUAAUGGCUCUUAUCUGA